AUUUAUUAUAUCAAUAAAUUCUUAAACACAUCCGAAAUUACUAAAACAAUAAUUUCGCGACGCGUGGCCGAGCAUUAUGAAACGGAAAGAAACUGGGUCAAAACCAACUCAAAUCUUUCACAAUGGCGGAGAAUUUUGAAAGGGCUGCCAAUGCUCGCAAGAAGAAACUCCCUUCCAUGGAUUGUCUUAUUAGGCAAGGUAAUGAUAUUUUAGAAAAGCGAAAAAAGAGAAGAAAGCCUAUUCAUUAUGAGUAUAGCACGGAUCCAAAAACUGGCCAACGGAGUUGCAAAAAUACUUACAAUCCAAAGUAUUAUAAUCGCGAUGAUACCGCCUCUAGUUCAAGAUCAAAAAACUUAGAGGAACACAGCGAUAAUAUUUUCCAAGAACAAGAACCACCAGAAGUAAGUUUAUUGGAUCGUGAAUCAGAUAUGGAUGUAACGACAAACGCUGUAGAGGAUGUGACAAUGAAUGAUAUCCUUGAAGAAGCAAAAGGAUUAUUAUGUAACUGGAAAUGUGGUGGUCAGCAAAAGAAACGAACCUGGCAUGAAAGACAAAAUUCCCUUUAUGAAAGCUGGGAGGAAGUCAGAAGUAGUUUAAUCGAAGUUUUGCUGCAAACUAAAUUUUCCAUUGGCAUUUUUGAUGAAUUGUUAUGCGAAAGCUGUAAAGAUGCCAUGGCAGUUAUUGGAUGUCAAGACUGCAUUUCACAUAGAUAUGUCUGUGGGGAUUGUGAUGAGGAGAACCAUAAGAACCAUCCAUUUCAUGAUCGAGAUGCAAUUUUGAAUGGUUUUCAUGAACCUAUUCCUCCAACAGCCUCAAUUAACAGCAAACUGGAAUGGAUUACUGUUGAACGGUCCCUUCCAUUUGGUGAUGUUAUUUGUCCCACAUGCCUAUUUCCUUGCAAUAUUUUAUAUGAUGAGAAGGGUAUGGGUUGCAUUGCUGUAACAUUGAAAGGUAGAUUCGACAUUAGUCACACAAAAUAUGAAUGUAAACAAUGUGACAAUGUUAUUUCAUCAACAAGUCCCCAUGUUUUAAUACAGCUGGGGUUUUGGCCUGGAACUAUUCGUGACAUGACAUAUGUAUUUCACCAAGAUCUCUUUCAUUUCUGGGAUAAUUUACAGAAGAUUGUUCCUGGAAUUUCUCAAAAUAGUUUUGUGAAAUCACUAGAAAUGUUUUCGAUACAAAAAGGGCGGAUGGGAACAAUUAACAGCAAAACAUUUGGUAGCUCUUUUCGUGAAUGGAAAUAUUGCCAAUAUGAAUUGAACAAACUACGGCAUAUUAACUGGAUGGAGUGCCCUGCAUGUGAACAGCAGCAACACUCCGUUCACAUGGAUGGUAACAUGAAACUUUAUCGGUACAAAUCUGCUGGGAUCAGGAAAAGAGAUUGCUACUAUGGAGAUGCUUUUAUUGCUUCAAAUGAAAAAGUUCAACAUCAUCUCUGUAAAAUUUACAAAAAAGGAAAGGAAAAGGUCACAGAUGAUUCUAAGUGUGGCGAUUCUAUUUGGCAUGCUGCUGGAAAUACUUUGAAGAAAAAGAAAAUUGUUGAUGAAACUGGGCUAGAAAUUGCUGGCUGUCGUCACAGUGUUGCCCAGCAUGCAGUUAGCAUGAAGCACGGAGAAGUGUAUGGCUAUGCACAUUAUAUGCAAAAGGAAUAUUACCUUCGUCGUACAACACAAUUCUUCUGGUAUGAUGUCAUCUGCAAGUAUUGGCCUUGGCUGUGUAAAAAUGAUGUAACCACAUCUCAAAAGAUGAAACCUGCUCUUUCCGUAAUGCAUGCCAAAGCACAUGCUUGGUAUUGCCAGGUUAUUUGGGGAGGGCGAUGGCAAGAUGGCGCUUCUGCAACAACAGGAGAGGAAGUAGAACAGAUUAACAGUCAUUUCUCGCGGUUAGGGUGCACUACCAAGCAUAUGUUACCUGAAGGACGAGAGGAAUUGCUGACUGAACAUGCACUGGAGUGGAAUAAAAGAAAAAUAACCAAACUGUCAAGUAUUCUUGCGAAAAGAUAUACAAAAGCUAAAGAUAAAACCGCCAUCAUGCAGAAAGAAUUAGAAAGCAUGUCAGAGAAACUUGAGUGUGAUCCAACAACAUUACAGAAAUGGAAAGAAGAUAUAUUUGACGCUGCUAAACUGGAUGAAAAAUCGAGAAAUAAAAGAUAUUCCAUAACUCCGGAGGAAAUGAAAUACAUAUGUCAUUUGCUCACAUUAGAUGUGUUAACGCCAAAAGAGAAGGCCUUGUUUGACGUUGCUGAAAAGAUUUAUAAGGAAAAAUCUAAACAGUUUCAGCCCAAGAUCUGUCGCAAUUAUUCCUUUGGUGAAGGUGUUUUAAAAAAUAAAUCUUUGGAAUAUUUGAGAUACAAUAUGGAAUUCCAUCAUAACGCGAUCUCUCAUCUGGCAUUUAACAUUGCAAAACUUGCAGAUUCUUCGAAGCAACGAAAUAAGUUAAGGAGAAAGAUCAGCAAAGAGAAAGAGAGUAUCCAUUCUUUGAUUUCAAAUUAUAAUCGAAUUGCAGACGAACCGCUAAGCAACAUAGAAGAAAUUUUAAAUGGAAAGUUUCCAUGGAAUUCUCGGAACGAGCCAGUUGAUGAGUUGCCUUUGGUAACGAGACGAUCUGUGGUGGAUAAGUUGAUGGAAAUUCAACGGUUUCAGGAGGAAAUCGAAGUUACUAAAAAGGAAAUGUUCCAAUACCUUGAAUAUUACACCAAGAAAUGCCUUCCGGCACUUUAUAGCGAACUUGCAAAAUUGGAAAACCUGCUGCAAGGUAAAAGUCGCAGCCAAUGUGGUGGUGAACAGCCUGUUCUUGCGGUGGAAAGUGCUGUGUGUGUGGCAAAAACCUAUUCUACAAGCUCAGUCAAAAGGACCAUUGUCAGAGGAAAGCUUGCCUUGGUUAACGAAGGAAUUAACUUUGCCAUGCAACAAUUAAGGCUUGGAAUCCAAUCUUUCUUGCCAGUUCUCGGUUUACAAUUGUCUGGAUUCCAGGACAUAAUUGAGUCGCACAAUGACAAUACUAAGCAAUCCUAUGAAGAUGUGGAGGAUGAGCUGGAAAGAGAUACAAAUUUUGAUAUGGAUAGUGAAACCGACAGUGACACUGAUAACGACAAUGAGAGUAUCUAUUCCGAAUGGGAGUUUGACACCUAAGAUGGUCGAUACGUCCCUAAUUAUUCGUGCUUGUUGUAAAAUGUUAUAAUUCGUAAAGUUAUUUUCUUCGCUUUAAAUCCUAAAAAGUCGUUAUAUUAUUUAAACACAACUUCUGAAUUCUGUACAAAAUCAACUUUGUUUCGUAAAGUUAAGGGCGUCCUGGAACAAUACCCUUUUGAAGUCGUAUAUUAUAUUUUGACUUAUUAAAAUAUAAUAUCUUUGUCAAGGCAACAAUUUUUUGGCCGUGGAAAUUAUAAACAGAUAUGAGGAUUUACUUAUGUCAAGUUCUAUAUAUAUUGCUAACUAAAGGUAUAUGAAAGUAUACUAAUUUGGCUGUUUUGUGCGUUUUUGUGUCAUCUU